AUGGAUGCAGAAGGCAAAUGUGCGCCGGAUUUACUGAUUGAGAAGGAGAAAUGGUGCAGGAGAUGGAACAGAAUUUUGAUAUGUUGGAUCCGCUUUGAUUUUUGGGUGUCCACACUAAUUUCUGAAGUAAUCAUGAAAACUGUGUUGGAUAGGGGCGUCACACUUGUGCUAUCUGCGGAGGAGAUCACCAAGGGCAAAGAGCUGACUAAGCUCCAUGAUCACUUUGUGGAACAGCUUCAAUUUGUCAAGGAUGCAGCCACUCGUCAGGCCGUUACUCAAAAUGCACCAGUGGAUGUUUCGAUGGACAGUGAGGGCAAUGAAGAAGAUGCAGACGGAGAAUCCGAAGUUCUGAUGAAGCGGCCGAUGUGGGUCUGCAAGUCAAAGCAACCUGCGCCGAAGGAUGAUGAAUCCGACGAUGGGAUAGUUGUUCAUGAUCCUCCCUGCAAACGCUGCAACAAGCGCAAUGCGGAGUGCGUCGGACCCAAAGGUCUCAGAUGUAUGGAGUGCUGCAAUGCUAAACAGGCGUGCUCCUAUUCUCGCUCUGGUGCGCGCACCAAAGGCAAAGUGUCUGCACGUCGGCCGACAGCGGCUUCUAAGGGUCAGAUCGCGUCUUCAUGCAGAUCCGAACCUCUGAUUAUGAUUUCCGAAGGUGAGGACAUGCCUUCCGCCUCACACAUUUCCAAGGCGAAACCGGUGGCGAUGCUGCUGACUUGGAAGAGGAAGUUGGUGGAUGUAGAGGAAGAGGAUUUCGCACUUGUGGACUCGGGUUUGUGCGGAGAGGACUUGGUUAUGGCGGGUAAGCUUCGGAGUGUCUAUGCGAAGUUUCGCACUAUCCAGGGGCUGAUGUCCGAACUUGCGAAUGAGCUGGACAUGAUGUGGGCGCAUGUCAACAAGAAGGCGCAUUACUGA